AUGAGAAGAGUUGUGGAUAAAGAAUCGAGGAAAAAGGCCCUUUUCAGUUGUGAUAAUUGUAAAAAAAGAAAAAUUGCCUGUCGGAGACAACUUCCUAAUUCAGAUCAAGUGAGACAUGAAGAUACCUCAAUUCCGUGUGUGAACUGUUCUAAAAAGAAUAUCGAAUGUAAAACCACCAUCCAGCGGAAAAAGAGACAAAUGGGGCCAGUAGAGAAUUUGGGGUUACAUUAUAAAAUCUUGAUCAUGUUGUUUGAAGGUUUGUUUCCAGAAUUGGAUGUCAAUAACAUCGAUUCAUUGAUCCAACUAGGUUUAGAACUUAACCUAAACAUGCCCUCCCGAUCUGAUUUGAACAAUGAUUCUAUAAAGGAAAUCUAUGAUUUGGGCUAUAUCAUCAGUUCUUAUUUGAAAUCAGAAAAGAGAAAUCCCGUCAAUUUAGAAGAUGAUAGAUUUAUUCUAGAUGAAAGAGGUGUCAGCCAUUAUAUAGGACCCCGAGCUUCCAGUAACUAUUUGUCUACUACUUCUGUAAUUAUGCAAAAAGCUUCUGAUCUCGUGUCUUCUGACUUCAAGGAGAAGUAUAAUUCCGUUUACUACGAAGAAAUCAUGGUCAGUUCCAAUUUAAAACCUAUCAACGCUGAUAUGUUGAUAGAAUCAGAUAUCGAAAAUUUUCCUUUUGUGAUUUUGGACAAAGCCAAAACUGACGUACAUGUUCAACUUUUUUUUGAUAGGAUUUAUCCCUUUUAUCCAUGUUUUAGUAAACGAAGAUUUUUUCGUUUGUAUGAAAAGUGGUGGGAUAGUUAUGGUCUACCACCAAGUGAACGAGAUCUUGACUCCAGUGAGGUAUGCUUCCUUUAUUUGAUAAAAACUAUGGGCUAUUAUUACCUUGAAAAUGAAUCAAAGGAUGAGUCUGAAUCAAGGUUGAUAGGAAAAUUGGUAAAUAUAGUUAAACUUUCUAUUUCCGAGUUCAUGCUUACUCCCACCAUCAAUGGUAUCCUUUGCUUGUUUUACCUCGCAGUCCUUUUCAACAAGAACAAACGUAGAGAAUGUGGCUACUUGUUAAUCACGUCAGUUUGUCGACAGGCAACAGUCAUAGGAUUAAACCGACAAUCCAUGAUUGAGUGUAAUCCUGAUGUUGAGGUACAGGAAGAAAUGAAGAAAAUCUGGUGGGCCAUAGUGGAGCAAGAAGUCAAGCUAAGUAGUUUGUUGGGAAGAGUUCCCUCCUUCAAUAUUGCUGAUGCCACUGUGGACCUUCCCAGCCCUAAAACCAAUUCUGAUUUGUUUUAUAACCAUUCCGUUAAACUACUGAAAAUAGUCUAUUUGUUUAACCAAACCAGUAAUUUAUCCACAAGUUACGAUUUUGGAACGAAAGAACGUGCAAAAAUUGUCACGGUACGGUUAUAUAUGAAGGAAUGGUUGCAUGAAGUUCAAGAUUUUCUAAAAAUCGAUGACGAAUCUAUCCUAUUAUUUAAAUUUCGAUUACAAUUAGAGUUCCAUCAUAACCAAGUAUGUCUUCUAUUCCCGUUCAUUUUGAAUCUACCUAAUUGUGCUUCAUCGGAGGACAUUCAUGAAUUUGAUUUGCAAAUGGUGGUCGAAUGUUUAAAAAGUCUGAUAGAUAUGAGAGUGAUUCUUGUGGAUUCUGAUAAAGUGAAAAUACUGAACUCUUUCUGGAGUCCUCAUAUCCAGUAUGCUUUUGAAGCAACCCUUUGUUUGUGCAAUGUUUACAUAUGGAUGGAAAAUAGAGAUUACAGUGAGAUUACCGAUUCUAAGGGAAAUCAAGUGUCGUUGGAUUCUAUUCAAGAUGCAAUGAUCGGAUUGAGAGAGUUCAACAGGAUACAUGUUUUGAAUAGCAAAGGAUCGGUAUCGAAAUUGAGUAAAUUUCUUGAAAUAAUGUUAUCCAGCUUUUACUUUAUGGAUGAAGCAUAUUUAAACAAGAAUGUCAAUAAUGAAUUGAAAGAAGAGCCCUUUUAUCCCAGUUUCCAAAAUGAGGUUUGGGAUGUAGAAAGUGAUCUAUUUGGCAUUGAUACCGUUUUCGAUGAACUAUUUUCUGGUCAAAGUGUUCAUAUAUAG